AUGGAUUUCUAUCUCAGGUGUAAUUCUCUCAAGUGUCGCACUCAACUGAAAGAGAGAGCAGUUGUCACGACUUGCUCACACAUUUUCUGUCUUCGUUGCGCAGAUAAACUCGGUCUCUCACAGUCUACCUCCGGUGGUCGCAACUGUCCAGCAUGUCAAUCUACCCUCCUCAACCCAGACGACGCGGUCUCGACCAUCCUGAACCCGACUGAGGACUACAAAACCAGCGUGCUCAGUGGGCUUGAUCCGAACACUAUAAUGGAGUGUGCUGGUCGGGCGUUAGUCUUCUGGGCGUAUCAGACGACUCAAGAGAUUUUCUACCAGGAGUUCCUUGGGAAGACGCUUACGGAGAAGUACACGACUUUGAAUACGCAGAUGGACAAGGUGAUUCAUAAUGCCAAUUCUGAGAUCUCGACCUUGCAGGCUAGACUUUCAGACAUGCAAACGGCCCAAGAACAACUCAAAAAGAAGAACCAAGAGCUAUUCGAGAUGUACCGCGACAAGUCCAGGAAGUUUACCCAGAUCACGAACCUCUACAACCUCUUGAAGUCACGAGCCAUGAAAUCCCAGAUGCAAACAGCUGCGUCGGACUCGGUAUCCCAGGCUUUGAACUCGCUUGGCUCACGGAACGGAGUGUCAACCUCAGCCUCGAAUAGACCUAUGAGCAUGGCUCGGGACCCCCAGACUCCGUCGUCGAAGCAAUAUGGAAAUUACCCGGUUAAUCAAGAAGGAGUUGAACAACUUCAUCGAUACCAACGGAGUGGUACUGGCAGUUCCAAGGGACGAAGAGACGACAUCGUGACAAUGCCACCACCAAGCCGCCCAAUGGGAACACCUAGGCCAGCCGUCGCAAACACACCCAACGUGCCCGCGGCAACACCUCAACAUCGAACACGUCUCCCAGGUCCAGGCUCCGUGCCAGGUUCCGUGCGUCCCUCGACAACAUUAUCGAUUCUACCGCAGGGCAACGCAAUGUUUGAACGGUUUCACGGUGGUAUUCCUACCAGUCAAUCACCUACUACUAGUGGCUAUUUUCCAGACCCUGAUCAUGGCCCUAUAAGUCGGGAAAACCUCAGUUUUCAAGUUUCUGGUCAAGGUAUGGUCAAUCAUUCGUCAGGAAAUACGCUUGGGACUUCGGGAUUGAGGAAUUCGUUGUUUGGUAGUAGGAGGGUAUAA